AGUGUGGGCGGUCCCGGGCGGGGCGCUGGCGGAGUGUGCGGAUGCCGGAGCCGCUGUGCAGAGUUGAGGCUGGAGCUGAUCCCGAGCGGAGGAGAGACGAGAGAGCGCGAGGAGCCCGCCGGACAUCACCGUACAGAAGUGAGUCUGUAAGAGAGACCCUUGAAGGACCCAGAACGGUUUCUGCACAUCUAGAACGACUGUGAGAGAACACUGUUCUUAUGAAGCGUGGUCUGGGCGGUGGAACAAGAGCAUCUUCCUGCUCUCUUCUCUGAGAACCUGGAUUUUCCUCUUCUUCUUCCUUCUCUCUUCCCUGCAGUUCCUCCUCCAGUUUCCGCUUCUCUCCUGCAGACCACCAUGUCCUCCUCCGGCCUUCACUCACUCACCUUCACUUUCAGCUUAAGUUUUCUCCUGGGCUCCAUCUUGGGGCUCAGCCUGGGACUUGAAUUCAUGGGCCUGCCCAACCAGUGGGCCCGCUACUUGCGUUGGGAUGCCAGCACCCACAGUGAACUCAGCUUCCAGCUCAGGACCAAUGUCUCCACCGGCCUUCUCCUUUACUUCGAUGACGGAGGUAUCUGCGACUUUCUCUGCCUGUCCCUGGCGGACGGCCGGGUCCAGCUGCAGUUUAGCAUUGACUGUGCCGAAACCACGGUGCUGAGCGACAAGGCGAUCAACGACGGCGGUUGGCACUUCGUGAGGGUGAGCCGCAAUAAAUUGAGGACCACACUGGUUCUAGAUGGAGAAGUCAAACCCGGGGAGGUCCGGCCACAGCGGCAGCACAUGAAUAUUGUCAGCGACCUCUUCUUGGGCGGUGUUCCCGAGGAUAUCCGCUCCGACGCCUUGACCUACAGCUCCAUCCAAGACGUUCCCACCUUUUCUGGAUUUUUAUCUGACCUUAAGUAUGGAAACUCGGAGCCGAAGCUGCUGGGAAGUCAAGGCGUCCGCCUGGAUCAGGAGGGUCUGUGCACGGAGAACCCUUGUGAGAACGGAGGCGCUUGUCUUUUGUUGAACGGCGAGCCCACCUGCGACUGCAUGGCAACCGGAUAUGUGGGCAAGUUCUGCUCUGAAGAUGCCAAUGACCUGCCAGGGCUGGCCCAUAUUAUGAUGGAAGACCAAGCUAGAGGCAAAGCCCGAGAAGAGAACGUGGCCACUUUCCGCGGCUCGGAGUACCUGUGCUACGACCUGUCGCAGAACCCCAUCCAGAGCAGCAGCGACGAGAUCACCCUGUCCUUCAAAACCCGCCAAAGGAACGGGCUCAUCCUGCACACGGGCAAGUCAGCCGACUACGUCAACCUGGCGCUGAAGGGCGGAGCCGUGUCCCUGGUCAUCAACCUGGGCUCCGGCGCUUUCGAGGCCAUCGUGGAGCCGGCCAACGACAAGUUCAAUGACAAUGAGUGGCAUGACGUCAAGGUGACUCGGAACUUACGCCAGCACUCAGGCAUUGGACACGCUAUGGUAAACAAACUACAUUGUCUGGUCACCAUAUCGGUGGAUGGGAUCCUGACCACAACCGGCUACACCCAGGAGGAUUACACCAUGCUGGGCUCCGACGAUUUCUUCUAUGUUGGGGGGAGUCCGAGCACGGCCGACUUACCGGGGUCCCCUGUCAGCAACAACUUCAUGGGCUGCCUAAAAGAGGUUGUGUAUAAGAAUAACGACAUCCGCCUUGAGCUUUCCCGCCUGGCCCAAAUAGGAGACACCAAAAUGAAGAUCGAGGGUGGUGUGGUCUUCAAGUGUGAGAACGUGGCCACACUGGACCCGAUCAGCUUCGAGAGCCCCGAGGCCUACAUCAGCUUGCCUAAGUGGAACACCAAACGCAUGGGCUCCAUCUCCUUCGACUUCCGCACCACCGAGCCCAACGGCCUCAUCCUUUUCACCCACGGAAAGCCUCAGGACCGCAAGGACGUUCGCAGCCAGAAGAACACCAAAGUGGAUUUCUUUGCGGUGGAGCUUCUGGAUGGUCACCUCUACCUCCUGUUGGACAUGGGUUCCGGCACCAUCAAGGUGAAAGCCACCACCAAGAAGGCAAACGAUGGCGAGUGGUGCCACGUGGACAUCCAGCGCGAUGGCAGAUCAGGCACCAUCUCCGUGAACAGUAAACGCACUCCAUUCACCGCCAGCGGGGAGAGCGAGAUUCUGGACCUGGAAGGGGACAUGUACCUGGGGGGCCUCCCCGAGAACCGCGCCGGACUCAUUCUGCCCACCGAGUUGUGGACGGCCAUGCUGAAUUAUGGUUACGUUGGCUGCAUCCGCGACCUGUUCAUUGACGGUCGAAGCAAGAACAUCCGCCAGCUAGCGGAGGCGCAGAAUGCCGCCAGCGUGAAAUCUUUCUGUAACCGCGUGAGCGGCAAGCAGUGUGACAGCUACCCCUGUAAGAACAACGCCGGCUGCCGGGAUGGCUGGAACCGCUUUGUGUGUGACUGCACCGGAACCGGGCACUGGGGCCGCACCUGUGAAAGGGAGGCCUCCGUCCUCAGUUAUGAUGGCAGCAUGUACAUGAAGAUCGUCAUGCCGGUGGUGAUGCAUACAGAAGCUGAAGAUGUUUCCUUACGUUUCAAGUCUCAGAGAGCCUAUGGGCUACUGGUAGCCACAACCUCUCGGGAUUCAGCCGACACGCUGCGGCUUGAGCUGGAUGGAGGGAAAGUUAAGCUCACGGUCAACUUAGACUGUAUCAGGAUAAACUGUAACUCCAGUAAGGGGCCAGAGACUCUGUAUGCGGGGCAGAAGCUGAAUGAUAAUGAGUGGCACACAGUGAGAGUGGUCCGGCGAGGGAAGACCCUAAAACUGACCGUGGAUGAUGAUGUAGCAGAAGGUACUAUGGCGGGUGACCACACCCGCUUGGAAUUCCACAACAUUGAGACUGGCAUCAUGACGGAAAAGAAAUUUGCUUCGGCCGUGCCCUCUAAGUUCAUCGGGCAUCUCCAAAGCCUAAUGUUCAACGGCUUGCUGUACAUCGACCUGUGCAAGAAUGGCGAUAUCGACUUCUGCGAACUGAAAGCACGGUUUGGCCUGCGCCCUAUCAUUGCUGACCCUGUCACCUUUAGGACCAAGGCCAGCUACCUGACCCUUUCCACCCUUCAGGCCUACACCUCCAUGCAUCUCUUCUUCCAAUUCAAGACCAUCUCAUCCGACGGCUUCAUCUUGUUCAACAGCGGGGACGGCAAUGAUUUCAUCGCAGUGGAGCUGGUGAAGGGGUACAUCCACUAUGUGUUUGAUCUUGGAAAUGGCCCUAACGUCAUCAAGGGGAACAGCGACAGGCCACUGAAUGACAAUCAGUGGCAUCAUGUGGUCAUUACCCGAGACAACAGUAAUACGCACACACUGAAGGUGGAUGCCAAGUCCGUCACGCAGGUCAUAAAUGGAGCUAAAAACCUUGAUCUAAAAGGUGACCUGUACAUUGCUGGUUUGAAGCAGAGCAUGUACAGCAACUUGCCAAAACUGGUGGCCUCUCGGGAAGGCUUCCAAGGCUGCUUGGCCUCUGUGGACCUCAACGGACGCCUACCAGACUUGAUCAAUGACGCUUUGCACCGCAGUGGGCAGAGUGAACGUGGAUGUGAAGAUGCUUUGACCAAAGCUAAUCUACAAGGUCCCACCACCACCUGUCAGGAGGACUCCUGUGCCAACCAAGGCGUCUGCAUGCAGCAGUGGGAAGGAUACACCUGCGAUUGCUCCAUGACGUCCCACUCAGGUCCCCAGUGCAACGACCCUGGGGCGACUUACAUAUUUGGGAAGAGCGGAGGGCUUAUCCUGUACACCUGGCCUCAUAACGACCGGCCCAGCACACGCACUGACCGUCUGGCGGUGGGAUUCAGCACUACGGUGAAAGACGGAAUCCUUGUGCGCAUUGACAGCGCUACCGGGCUGAUGGAUUUCCUACAGCUUCACAUAGAGCAAGGCAAAGUUGGCGUGAAAUUUAACAUAGGUUUGAUGGACAUCUCUAUCCGGGAAGAGAGUACUCCGGUGAAUGAUGGUAAUUAUCACGUGGUAAAAUACACCCGGAAUGGAGGCAACGCAACCCUACAAGUGGAUAACUGGCCUGUGAACGAGUACUACCCUGGAGGGAACACCGAACUCCACCAAAAACCGAAACUGUCCUAUAAAUUGCCCCGGAAUCCGGAUGAUGGUCAGCAGGAUAAAGGGCUCAUUAUCUCAGGAAUGGAAGAUGGCACAAGACUUCUGAAUCCUGAGUUCAAGAGAGUGGGAACUGGCGUGGCAAAAGGACGGCCACUGACCAUCUUCAACACUCAAGCAACGAUAGCCGUUGGCGGAAAGGACAGGGGAAGGCCGUUCCAAGGGCAGCUUUCAGGCAUCUAUUACAACGGCCUUAAGGUUCUCAACAUGGCUGCUGAGCACAAUCCCCACAUCAACAUCAGCGGCAGUGUGAGGCUGGUAGGAGAGGUUCCAUCUAUGGGGACAACGCCAACCACUUCUAUGCCUCCGGAACUUUCCACCACCAUUAUGGAGACCACAACAACGUUGGCAACUACCACGACGAGAAGGAACCGGUCGUCUCCAGGAUCCAUGCCAACAGAUGAUAUUGUGUCAUCGGCAGAAUGUUCUAUCAGCAGUGAUGACGAAGAUGCUGCAGAAUGCGAUACUGGCACAGGAGGUGAAUUAGUUAUACCUGUCUUAGUAGAGGAUCCCUUAGAUACCCCUUCAAUAGCUACACGUACCCCUUCCAUCAUUCUCCCCCCUACCUUCCGACCACUCCUCACCAUAUUUGAGACCACCAAAGAUUCCCUGUCUGUGACCCCUGAGGCGGGGUUACCUUGCUUGUCGGACCAAGGCAGCGAUGGUUGUGAUGAUGAUGAUGGCUUGGUGAUAUCGGGGUAUGGCUCAGGGGAAACCUUUGACUCUAACCUGCCCCCUACCGAUGACGAAGAUUUUUACACCACCCUCUCCUUGGUAACAGAUAAGAGCCUUUCCACAUCAUUCUUCGAUGGUGGCUUCAAAUCACAGGCGCCCAAAUGGGGAUCAAAGGACUUUAGACCUAACAAAGCCUCCGAACCUGGUAGGACUUCUACCACAAGUUUGCCCCCUGAGCUGAUACGCUCCACGUCUUCAUCUGGGAUGGUGCCCAUGGUGCCAGCCGGCAAAAUGAAUAACCAUGAGCUCAAACCCCAGCCCGAUAUAGUCUUGCUACCGUUGCCCACUGCCUACGAGCUAGACAGCACAAAGCUCAGGAGUCCGCUAAUAACAUCCCCCAUGUUCCGUAAUGUGCCCACAGCAAACCCUACGAUGCCGGGAAGCAGACGGGUCCCGGGGGCUUCUGAGGUGGUCCGGGAGUCCAGCAGCACGACGGGAAUGGUCGUCGGCAUUGUGGCAGCCGCUGCUCUCUGCAUCCUGAUUCUCCUGUAUGCCAUGUACAAGUACAGAAACAGGGACGAGGGGUCCUACCAGGUGGACGAGACAAGGAAUUACAUCAGCAACUCCGCUCAGAGCAAUGGGGCCCUUGUGAAGGAGAAACAACAUAGCUCGAAGAGCGGCCACAAGAAGCAGAAAAAUAAGGACAAGGAGUAUUAUGUGUAAAAUAACACUGAAUAUUCAUAUAUAUGUAAUCAAAGCAAAUACAGAUGUGAACUGACAAAAAAAUAAAUCAGCAAAGGCAAAAUGUACAUUGCCAUUGAUAUGUAGAAAUAUAAUUAUGUAAAGGGUAGAAGCAGCAAAUGUCAAGAGUGAAAGCUGGAGCAGAAGCAUCAGCCUACGACAGAGAGCUGCUAUCAUUCUACCCUAAGCUGGACAAAGCUAACUUUCUACUCAACUGUAAUAUAAAGCACACUUAACUCUUCUGUUUGCCAUGAAUGGCAAAAUAAAACAUGAAAAACAUGUACACAAACCAACGAACAAGAAAGUCUAGUGACCUCCAGCUAUCAGUUCUAGGGCUCUCUUCUCAAUCUGUGUGAACCCAGCUCAGAGCCCCCUGUGAUCUAUCAUAACAACACUCUGAGAGAGCCUUAAAUACUAAAGUGAAAAAAAAAGAACAAAAAAGACUUGUAUGUUAUUUAUUUCAUUUUUAUGUUUCUGGGAGCUUCAUUUAUUUUAUUUUAUUGUAAUUUAUUUUUUGAAAGUCCUCCCAUCUUUAUUUAUAAAGAAAAAACAAAAAAAACAAAAAAAAAAGCACCACAUGGCCAAAACACAGCCAUGUACAGCCAAGGAACUGUAAACUUCAUGUACAACAGCAGCCGUGUGCGCGUGUGCCUGUGUGUCGAAUGUCUGUGGAUGAAGAUUGUUGCCAUAUAGAGAAACCACAGCGUGUUUUCUCUUCAUAUCAGGUUGUGGUGUCUAUAGAACAUAUUGUUUUCAGUACGUUUAUCUAAAACACAUUGAACGAAAAAAACAAAAAAACUUGUUGUCGAAAAGGAGGAUUGGCAAGGGUUGGGUCUGUUGUGAGAUCUGGCCUGUGUCUUUAGUCAUAUAGAACUCUCACGAGGCUAAAUACACCAGUGUGAAAGGGACGCCGCUGUCCUGUCCAAUUAGAGCCAAACAACAUCCGGAAAGGAGCCGGAAAAGGGAGAGAAGAAAAAUUUGUGCAUUCAAAAUAUUUUCAAAAAAACUUACAAAUAAGGGAAGAAUGUCAGAGACUUUCUUUUGCGUUCUGGUUUUGUGACUUCCUGCGAUGCAUGCAAAAAAUAAAAAAAUAAAUUAAAAACUGCUCACAAAAUAACGAGAACAAAACAUUUCAGAAUUGGUGGAAGAGAGAAGAAUUUAUUAGCUUGGACAAACACUUGCGAGAGAAAGGUUUGCAAAGCCAAAAUGUGUGGAGGAGGGAGUAACGAUGUUCUUUUUCCAUACAGUAACGUUCAAUGUAGAAUGUGAUGUGAAUUUGGACCCUGCCCCACUCUGCCUUUAUUCCAGGACUCCAGACAGAUGAAGAUGCUUUCGCAGAUGAAUUUAACAAAGAGAAUAAAACAAAUUUUAUUACGAGUAGAAUCUAUAUAUAUAUAUAUACAUAUAUAAAUAUGCAGAGAUAUUUAUCAAAAUGACUGGUAUUUGUUUAUUGGUAAAAAGAGAGUUGUGUUUUAAUGGAAAAAUGUUGUCAUUAACCCCCUCAGCAUCAGCUGCGAUACAGGUAGAAAGUCUGUUAUAAUUAGCGCUCUUUUCCCGAUCAUCUUAUCUUUAGUGGGGAGUGGGAGUGAGCGCAAUGAUUGAAAAUGUAAAAAUAAAGUCCGUGUUCCUUUGAGAAGAGGUGGGUGAGAAACCAAGACCUGUGAUCGGUGCUUGGCCUCUUUGCAAUAUAAUAAUUCUAGUGGGAAAUGAGUCUGGAGAGGAUACAUGUGUAUCAGGUCUCUUUAGAUUACUCUACUCAUAGAUGAGGCCGGAAAACGCUUCCAUUGUGAACAAACCUUGUAUUUAUGCAUAACGUCUAUAGAAUGUAUGAAGCUCCAUGGAUGGAGAGUAGUGUGCAGACUGCACUUACGGGGAAUGGCAUCCAACGAAUAGCUUUGUUUUCUCUUAAAUUCAGAAUGCACUUUAAAAAUGAACAUGUAAAAACCUUCUGAAGAUGAUUGGCUUCAUCUCACAGGAGGCAAACACUUCCAGAUUCCUCCUAGAAGCCACAUAACCCCAUGCUUGGCUGCUUUAGGAUCCUUAUUAGAGCCCUAAAAUGGCAACAUGGCUGCUAAAUAGCUCACAAGACAAAUUGUGCCUUUUGUACCAAAAUAUAAAAGUGACCGCACCUUGAACACCACAAAGAAAAAUGACUUUAACCCUGUCCGCUCCUGAAGGGGUUAAUGACAAGGUAACAUACUAACCCUUUUACCUCCUGGCAGUGUUGUGGUGGGAAGUUUAGAACAGUCACUGGUAAUCAGUCAGGGGGUCUGCUCUUAGGACACUUUCAUUGUCAGCUCUCUCCGCGGGGACAGUGCAGGACCAGUGUCACUUGCAAUCAUUUCACAGUCCACCGACCAUAAAUACAAUAGAGGUAAAGUUCUAUCUAGGAUAUCAGUGUUCUCUUUGUAAGCACAAUGGCUGACAGGUCGCAGGGGGCACCUCUGAAUAUUUGUGGUCGCCUGUUGUCCUGCCAGUCUACUGGGAAAGAAUACACAAAAUCAAAAGAACCUGUCCAGGAGUUAAAGGGGCUAAUUGUACCAGAUAUUAAAAAAGAUAAAAGAGUAUUUCUAUUUAAAAAUGUGUAUUUUUGCUUUUCUGCUGUGAUUUAUAUUCCUGUAACUUCUUUGGCCUGUACAUGUGCAAGGAACGCAGUUCAGGGGCUCUCCAACUGAGCUAUGUAUAUUGGAUACUGGCUGGUGCUAUGUAUGUAGUCCAGCUGUCAUCUUUAUGUGCAACAGUCCAGAAAGAUGUCUUCCCAUCACUGAUAAAAGAGCUGUCUGGAUAUUUAUUGACUUAAUGCAUUUGCAAAACCUUCUGCCAUAGUAGAAGAUAUAGAGUGUGAGCUCGAGGAAGUUAUAAGCCUUCACACAUAACUGCAAUGAGGUGAAGAAGUGACACCAUCUCAUGCUCUGUGAUAAUUUAAAGAGUGUUAAUCUGGACUCCUUAAGAUAUGAAGCGUGAGGGCACAUACUGCCAGGAAUAAGCCGGCACAUCUUGUGCCCCCCAGCUCUGUAUCACGGAAUAAGGGGCGAUAAAGUCCUCCUCAUUGCCGAUUACAUUACAUGGGUAGCAAACUAAAGCUACAGCAUCAGGAGCUACAUACCAUCAAUUCUUCCUCUGAGAAGACCAUGAUUGCAGAAUUUCAUUAAUCACAUUCAGGUACAUUUAUCUAUUCCAACAUUUAAAAAAAAAAAUCGAGGAGAGGACAGAUGGGGCUGCUGUGGUAGCACUUUUGCUUCCAUUCUUAACACAUAUAACCCAACCUGGAAAAUGGAGCUCUAAAAAGAUCUAAAUAUUAAUAUAUCGUUUUUAUUUGGUUCUAUUUAGUAGAUUUUUUUUCUUCACUUGAGAGUAUUAGACCUGUUCACAGCUUCAUGGUCAGUAGCCCAUUCUGCAGACCAUUCAGCGUUGGUUUUAGUCCUACCAAUUUUAUUCUGCAAAUUAUCUCUACCCAAGGGAGGCCAAAGACAGUAAUUACAUGCCACAGUCCUGAUUUUGCACUCUCUGCACACUCUUUAGAACAAAAAUAAAAAAAUACAUCUGACUGACAAAUGGGCUCCACAUCUCUUAGUCAGAUUAACCAACUUGUGCGCCAACAGUUCCUAUGAUCUAAUGUUUGGGUUGACUAUAGCUAUGUGGUCAGUGGCCAAUUAUGCAUUUUUAGUCCUACCCAUUUUACUGUGCAAAGUUGGCUCUACCAAAGGGAGGCCAUUCACAAUAAUUACAUGGGAUGGUUCUUACCCUUGGACCUUUGUGAACUUUCUUUGGAAUUGAGCCCUUAGGCCCCUUUCACAUGUGCGGACUGACCAGGUCCACCAGUCAAAUUUUCAGGCGGACCCUCCAGUCUCCUCUUUGGAGCGGCAGGUGUUGACAGACAUGUGGCCGUCGACACCUGCCAACAUCCGAUCCUGUCCGCCACCCGUCUGGUGGAGCAGAUCAGAUGGCAGUCAAAUGUAAACAGACUUGUGGUCCGUUUACAUCCAACUGCCCACAGAGGAGAGGUGGGCUGUGUCUGUGACCAGCCACCCGUCUGCUCAUCGGGGAUCAGCGGACAGAUUCCCCGCUGACCAGGCAGACUCCAACGGAGCCCGCCUAGUGUGUAAGGGGCCUUAAGAUUUUCCAGCUGGUGUUCCAAUAGUACUUUUGUGAGACAUCCGCCAUCUAUGGUCUUUCUAAACUCAUUUAUCAGUACAUGUCCUUGCUUUUGUGUUUCUGUCCCAAACUCUCCAAUUCACUAAAUGAUUUACCCAAGAUCUGCUCAAAAAAGUUUGUAUGGAAAAAUGCUGUUACUAACAACCUUGUGACAAAUGAUCCACAAGAUAUAAAUUAUAAAGUUCAGGAAAGAUGAAGCACGUUUGUCAUACUUUGGAUAAUAAUAAACUAGAUAAAUGGUGCUAAUAGGACAAGCAGCCCAAGUCCAUUAAAGUUCAACUUGAACAAAUAGUCCUGUAAUGCUAUCCACAAGCUCACUUAGGGCAGCCAUCACAGAGUAGAAAGCAGUCUCAGUAAUGAAGCAAAAAGGGAGAAAGGGGAUCCCCAAUAAGUGUAGCAUUAAAAUCAUCCAGUUUAUUCAAAUACAAUUGGCAACUCACUGGGUGAACAAAAAAAUGGCAUGUAUAUCUCCACAAGAACUUGUGGAGAUAUACCUUUGAUCUGUUAAUCCAGUGAGUUGACAAACCAUUUUUUAAUAAACUGGAUGGGUUUAAUGUUACACUUACUGGGUGCCCACUUUCUCCCUUUUUGUUUUUAGUACAAGGCUGCUUUCUACUCUGUGAUGGCUGCCCUAAGUGAGCCCGUGGAUAGCAUUACAGGACUUUGUUAUCUGUUAAUCCAGUUGCCAAUCAUAUUUGAAUAAACUGGAUGGGUUUAAUGCUACACUUACUGGGCACCCCCUUUCUCCCUUUUUUAUACACUGGAUAAUGGCAAGGACAACUGAAAAAUUGUCUCAGGGCACUUAUUAGAAGACCUAGGAACACGGGUCCUGGGUGCCUGGUUCUAGCAACUCUCUGUUCAGUAU